AUGGCAUCAUCUACUCAACUGGCAUCCCUGAGGCAAUGGCUUAUUGAUAACGGCGGAUCUGUCAACCCAAAUGUCUCCCUCGAAUGGAAUGAAAAAUCGGGAGUCCACUGCAAAGCCGCGUCCUCCUUAGACCCCGAGUCAAGAAUCUGCACAAUUCCACACUCACUGGCACUAUCAAGCUUGAACGCCCUCGUGGAUGAUGAUUUCACCGUCUUUCGCAGACGUGGACUUGCUCCGGAGGCCAUUGGGUACUUCUAUCUCAUGAACCAAUACAUCCACCGUAACAGGUCGUUCUGGAAGCCCUACCUGGACACUCUGCCUGGUCCAGAGGUGGAACACCACACACCUUUUUGGUUCACCGACGAUGAUCUCGCAUGGCUUGAAGACACUGAUGUCUUGCACACCACGAAGGCUCGACAGGAUAUCCACAAAGCACACUUCAAGCAGGGAAUAGCAAUGCUUGAGAAAGCCAAGGUCAAUACGGAACCAUACACGUGGCCUCUUUUCAAGUGGGCCAUCACCGUGUACACUUCACGCUCGUUUUCAUCUCGUGCACUACGGCCGCUGGACAGCAAGUAUUGGGCAGCAUACAAAACUGGCCGAGAAGGCCAAAGGCAGACGGCGUUGGUGGACAUGUCUCGUGUCUCCGCCGAAGAUCAGGACUUUCCCGUGUUGUUUCCCGUCAUCGAUAUCCCGAACCAUUCGAAUGAUGCGCGAGUCGAUUGGGCGUUUGAUGCCGGGCGAUUCAGCAUCACGCUCAAAGAUGAAUGUCCUGCUUCAUCAGAGGUUUUCAACAAUUACGGUCCGAAAAGUAACGACGAGCUUCUACUGGGAUACGGGUUCUGUACUACAGACAACCCGAACGACAAGGUUCUUCUCACUUUGAAACCACCCGCGAAAAACCUCCAAAGCGAGAUCCGAAAGUACCAGUCUGGCUACUUCUCACCGGAUGGGAUUUGGAGUAGCGAAAAGACAACAUUCGGCGUCAAGCUAGUGUCAUGGAGAGACGAAAUGGCGCGCGACCCUCUCAAGCUUUUCGAAAUGCUGCCCGAGCCGUUGCUUGAGCUCAUGAUAUACAUGCUACGUUGCGAGCGUGGCCUGCCCUUUCAGUUUCUGGAACAUCCAUUGCAAUACCUAACUGGAGAUGAGACGGGUCGCAGCUACAUGCCUCACGUAACCCGCAUGAUCGUAACAUCACUGGCGCCCAAGCUCGCAAAGCUCCAGAACAGUACCCCCUCAGAGCCUCCAGCCAACAAGAACCAAGAACAAGCAGCCAUAUACCGUUCUGGGCAGAUAACGAUCCUACAGUCGGCAAUCGACAGCCUGCGAAGCUAUUUGAGAUCGUUGCUUCCGUCAACACAAGAAUCCGAAUCACUCACUGCACCUGUUCUGUUAACAGUCGAAGGACUGCUGGAGCUCUCUAAGCAGUCAGCCGAUGGAGUCAAGCAUACUUCCGAUUUCCUCACAGGCAUCGCAGCAAGUGCUGGAUCAACAGACAUUCAACAGCUUCGGGAAGCAGGGUGGGAGGACGACAUUGUAGUCUUGUUGCUUUGCUCUCUGCAUCUUAGAGACUCGAUACUCUCGACUGAGUAUCUUUCUACUGUUGAAACAAACGAGGACUAUACGCCGGAAGAAAUGCAGCAGGCGCAGAGUUUAAUGGAGCUAGUCCAUUCUGCUGCGAAAAUUUGUCCAGGGAGCGUUUGGGAGCAUCAACGAUGGUCUGACCGCUUCAUUGCCGGAGUAGGAGGUCGACUUGUCAGAUUUGAGAGCUUCAUGAUGAUGGUUCCCAGAAUUCAAGAUGCGCGACUGGUUGUCUGCAUUCAUGGGAUCCGGUAG